AUGGUUGACAAGCCACAUCUCAGGAUUGUGCUUGUUGGGAAAACUGGAGUUGGCAAGAGUGCAGCAGGAAACACUAUCUUACAGAAAAAGCAAACUUUUAUAUCUAAGCUGUCUACUUCCUCACUGACAACACAGUGUCAAAAGGAUACAGGAGUGUUUGAGGGUCAAACACUGGAAGUAGUUGAUACUCCUGGUCUGUUUGACACCAGAGUAACUGAAAACCGAGACAAUGUGAAGAAAGAGAUUGCCAAAUGUGUCGCAUUAGCCGCUCCUGGUCCUCAUGUGUUCCUGGUUGUGCUCCAGCUGGGCAGAUUCACUGCCGAAGAACAAGACGCUGUGAAAAUCAUUCAGACCCUGUUUGGUAAGGAAUCAGCCAAGUACACCAUGGUCCUGUUCACCAAUGGAGAUGCUCUGGAGGAAGAGGCCCUCAAAGUAGAGGACUUAAUUAGUGACAGUUCACCUCUUGGUUGUAUCAUAAGACAGUGCUGUGGAUAUCAAGUGUUUAACAACAAAGCCAAAGACCUCUCUCAGGUCAGGGAUCUGCUGGGGAAGAUCAACCUAUUGGUUCAGAGAAAUGGAGGCACCUACUACACCAAUGAAAUGCUGAAGGAUGCUGAAAGAGCCAUAAAAGAAGAAAUGGCGCAGAACAAAAAAACAAGAGAAGAGGCAGAGCAAGACAACUCGUUUACUCGUCGAUUUCGUCAAAAAAUUAUGGAUGCAUGCACUAUAUUGUAAUUUUUAGUGGUAAAUAAGCCAUUAAGUAAGGAUCAUUAAAGCCACAUUAACAUGGAGAUACU